AUGGCUCAAGCUGAUAUUGCACUGAUUGGACUUGCUGUCAUGGGCCGUAACUUAAUUUUGAACAUGAAUAGCCAUGGCUUUGUGGUCUGUGCUUUCAAUAGGACAGUCUCCAAAGUUGAUGAUUUAUUGGCCAAUGAGGCAAAGGGAACCGAAGUAAUAGGUGCUCACUCCUUGGAGGAGGUGGUCUCCAAGCUGAAGAAGCCUUCGUGGAUCAUACUGCUUGUGAAGGCUGGUCAAGCUGUUGAUUUCAUUGAAAAAUCAGUACUGUUGUUGGAUGCUGGUGACAUCAUUGAUGGGGGAAAUUCUGAAUACAGGGAUAUGAGACGAUGUCAAGACAUCAAGGCCAAGGGAAUCUUGUUUGUGGGCAGCGGCGUCAGUGGUGGCGAGGAAGGGGCCUGGUAUGGCCCAUUGUUUAUGCAGGGAGGGAACAAAGAGGCCUGGGCCCACAUCAAGAUGGUCUUCCAGGGCAUUGCUGCCAAAGUCAGAACUGGAGAGCCGUGCUGUGACUGGGUGGGAGAAGAGGGAGCCGGGCACUUUGUGAAGAUGGUGCACAAUGGGAUCGAGUAUGGGGACAUGCAGCUGAUCUGUGAGGUUUACCACCUUAUGAAGGACAUCCUGGGCAUGGAGCACAACGAGAUGGCGCAGGCAGUUGAGGAAUGGAAUAAGACAGAGCUGGACUCGAUCGAAAUCCCAGCCAAUAUUCUCAAGUUCUAAGGUAGCGAUGGCACUCCCCUGCUGCCAAAGGUCAGGGGCAGUGCAGGGCAGAAGGGCACGGGGAAGUGAACCGCCAUCUCAGCCCUGGAGUACGGAAUGCCUGUCACCCUCAUCGGAGAAGCAGUCUUUGCCUGAUGCUUAUCAUCUCUGAAGGACGAGCGGAUUCAAGCUAGCAAAAAGCUGAAGGGUCCUCAAAAGUUCCAAUUUAAAGGUGAUAAGAAAUCAUUCCUGGAGGACAUUCGAAAGGCACUCUAUGCUUCCAAGAUCAUCUCUUAUGCUCAAGGCUUUACGCUGCUAAAAGAGGCAGCCACUGAAUUUGGCUGGCCCCUCAACUAUGGCGGCAUUGCCUUGAUGUGGAGAGGGUUCUGCAUCAUCAGAAGUGUAUUCCUGGGACAGAUAAAAGAUACAUUUGACCGGAACCCAGAACUUCAGAACCUUCUGCUAGAUGACUUCUUUAAGUUAGCUGUCGAAAGCUUCCAGGACUCCUGGCGUUGGGCCAUCGGUACUGGUGUCCAGGCGGGCAUCCCCAUGCCAUGCUUCACCACAGCUCUUUCCUUCUAUGAUGGGCACAGACACGACAUGCUGCUGGCAAACCUGAUCCAGGCUCAGCGCGAUUACUUUGGGGCGCACACCUAUGAGCUCCUAACCAAACCAAGAACGUUCAUCCACACCAACUGGACAGGCCACGGGGGCAGCAUGUCGUCGUGUUCGUACAAUGCCUAA